GUUUCUAGGCUCUGGGGUGGGAGGAGAGCCCUAUGCUCCGGUGCUCGGGAACGCGGUGCCUUCUGGGAAUUGUAGUUUUCCCAGGCCCUCGUUCUUUGUCUCCUCGCGCGGGAGCGCGGCGCUCUGGGAGAUCCAGUAGGAACGAAAACCCUAUGCCUUUGCGCGCAGGACCGCAUUGGUUUCUGGGAAUUGUAGUUUCUUGAGGCAGGCGGCCUGGUGGGGUGACGUCCGCGAGGCUUCUGAAGACGCAUUCCUGUGACGCCCGCGGUGGGGCCUUCGGGGGCGGCGCCCAGCGUCUGGCCUGUGUUGACUGUAGGCAAGGAAAGGAGGCCCCUGGGUCUGCGCCAGAUGGCCCCGGGCAGUGACUCGGUCCGGAGCCCCGGAACGCUACACCCACCUGGCCGAAAGCACAACGGAAACGCGCCGUCCUGUGGCCACUGUUAGGUGACCCGGUUCUGGGGAGGCGCGCCGGCAGGAAGAGAAAGCCGGCGCCAGUGGUCCAAGCGCCUUCUCUCGGGGCCCGCUCUCUACGUGGGAGGCGCGGAGCGGGGGCCACGGGAAUCCCCAGUGUGGGAUCUAGUGACUUGGGCGCGGCCUAGCUGGCCAGUUCGCUCAGGACUCCUUGUCUGCCAGGUCUGCCAUUGUACACUUUUCUGAUCUCCUCGGUCCCUUCUGUGAGCUAUGUCUCAGGGGCCAGUGACAUUCAGAGAUGUGGCCAUAGACUUCUCCCAGGAGGAGUGGAAAUGGCUUCAGCCUGCUCAAAGAGAUUUGUACCGACGUGUAAUGUUGGAGAACUAUGGCCAUCUGGUCUCACUGGGUCUUUCCAUUUCUAAGCCAGAUGUGGUUUCCUUAUUGGAGCAAGGGAAAGAACCCUGGCUGGGGAAAAGGAAUGUGAAAAGAGAUCUGUUUUCAGGUAACUGAAAUGAUGAAAAACUACACAUGAGAGGACUACUGUAAUUCCCAGCCUUGUUCCUUUAUAGCUUCAGAGUCAAGUAGUGAGAUCAAAGACUUUUCACCAAAAAAUGUCAUUUAUGAUGACUCAUCCCAGUAUUUGAUCAUGGAAAGAAUUCUAAGUCAAGGCCCUAUGUAUUCCAGUUUUAAAGGAGGCUGGAAAUGCAAGGAUCAUACAGAGAUGCUGCAAGAAAAUAAGGGAUGUAUUAGGAAAGUAACAGUCUCUCAUCAAGAAGCCCUGGCUCAACAUAUGAAUAUCAGUACUGUGGAGAGGCCCUAUGGAUGCCAUGAAUGUGGAAAAACUUUUGGUCGACGCUUUUCCCUGGUGUUACACCAGAGGACUCAUACUGGAGAGAAACCAUAUGCAUGUAAGGAAUGUGGCAAAACCUUUAGCCAGAUUUCAAACCUUGUGAAACAUCAAAUGAUACAUACUGGAAAGAAACCCCAUGAGUGUAAGGAUUGUAAUAAAACAUUCAGUUACCUUUCAUUUCUUAUUGAACACCAGAGAACGCACACUGGGGAGAAACCUUAUGAAUGUACUGAGUGUGGAAAGGCCUUUAGCCGUGCCUCCAACCUCACUCGGCAUCAGAGAAUUCACAUAGGAAAGAAACAAUAUAUAUGUAGGAAAUGUGGGAAAGCAUUUAGCAGUGGCUCAGAACUCCUUCGCCACCAGAUUACACAUACUGGAGAGAAGCCUUAUGAAUGCAUUGAAUGUGGGAAGGCAUUUCGCCGUUUCUCACACCUUACUCGACAUCAAAGCAUCCAUACAACCAAAACUCCAUAUGAAUGUAAUGAAUGUAGGAAAGCUUUCCGUUGUCACUCAUUCCUUACUAAACAUCAGAGAAUUCAUGCUGGAGAAAAGCUCUAUGAAUGUGACGAAUGUGGUAAAGUUUUCACUUGGCAUGCAUCCCUUAUUCAACAUAUGAAGAUUCAUACUGGAGAGAAACCCUAUGCAUGUGCUGAAUGUGAUAAAGCCUUCAGCCGGAGCUUUUCCCUCAUUCUACAUCAGAGAACUCAUACUGGAGAGAAACCCUAUGUAUGUAAGGUAUGCAACAAAUCCUUCAGCUGGAGCUCAAAUCUCGCUAAACAUCAGAGAACACACACUCUUGACAACCCCUAUGAAUAUGAAAAUUCAUUUAAUUACCACUCAUUCCUUACUGAACACCAGUGAAUUUACACUGCAAAGAAAAACUACGAAUGUAUGAAAUUUUUUUUAAAGAAGUAUAAUGCCUUACUUUUACUUCAGAGAACUCUUGGAAAGAAGCCUUAUGUGAAAGUGAUGAAUGUGAAGUAAUAUGGCCCACAAUUUAUUCAACAUCCUGGAGAAAAAAACCCAGAAAUAUGUGGAAAAGCCAUUAAUAACCUUUUUUUUUUUUUUUUUUUUUUUUUUGCAAUAACAAGGUGAAAUCGAUAUUGUUGAGAAGAUGAUUCUUCCAUCUGGAAAUACUGAGAAGACUUCAUUUGGUAGGAUUCCCUUACUCUACGUGUGUAAAUUCCUACCAAGAAAGAAUACGUAUCCAAUAGAUUGGAGAAAGCCAGAGAUUAUUAGCCCUCAUUCUGCAACUGUCAACCAGGAUGGAAUGCAUGGGCAAGGGAUGAGCUUUACAAAGAUGUACUUUGGAGAUCAGGAUAUUCAUGUUUAAGUAAAGUGAUACAAACAUAGUGAUUCGGGAAUGCCUUCAUUUACAAUGCAAUACUUAAAUUUUAAUACCCUUAUAAGAGAAAAAGCAACUGUAUAAAUGAAUGUAGAGUAACUUUCUGCAAUAUUUCAAAGCUAUAUCAGAGAACUACACUGUGGGAAAACUACCAUUGUAAUGAGUGUAGCAAAAUCUUCUUAGAUAUCUGAAAAAUCAUGAUGGAAUCUGAGAAAGGGUUCUAUUUUGAGGGAAGGGGGAUUGCUUUUUGUUUUUUAAGUGAAUUCAGAAAAUGUUAUAAAUAAAUCUUUUGGUUUCUUAUAAACCUUCUACUUGCUGAUUUUUUCCCACAGCAUGUGAUUCCAAAAGUGUAACCACAAUACUGACAUAAAAAAAAAAAAAAAGAGUAGUGUUUUUUUGUUGAAACAUACAAACAUAACUAGAAGUGUUUUUAGGUAUUUUUAUGGUUUUAACUUUCAGACAGAGUUUAGAUUUAAGGUAAUGCUAACUGACAGUUAUCCUUGAAUCUGACUGUAGACAGUUGUUACUCAGUGUGAAAUAAGUAUAAAUAAGAUACAUCACAGAAAA